AUGCCAAAAUUAUUCAACAAGGCUUAUUUUCAAUUGUUUUCUGUUGCCGAAAAUGGUAUCAAUGUUGUACACAUUGAAUCUCGUCGUUCACGUCGUACAAAUUCUGAAUAUGAAAUCUAUGUUGAUUUAGAAGCUGAUCGUACUCGUGUCAAUGAAUCUAUGCAACAAUUAAAACGUCAAGUAUCUUGUGUUCGAAUUGAUUUAAAUGAUUUAGUUGAAAAUUUAAAUCAAAAUAACGACGAGGUUUUUGUUAAUAAUAAUACUCCAAAUGGUAAUGGAGACCUAGAUCUACCACCAUCGUCACCUUUUCUUGAUAAAAACGGUGACCCGAUAAAGCGCAAAAGUAAGUUGAAUGAGGAAAAAAACUAA